UUAGGAGAAGACCGCGCGAGACGGGUGCGCUUCCGGCACUGCCGGCGGCCGCGGACAGGCGGGCUUGCGACCUACCCGGCUGGCGCCAUGUUCCUGACCGCGCUUCUCUGCCACAGCCGCAUUCCCGGCCGUCAGUGGAUCGGGAAGCACCGGCGGCCACGGUUCGUGUCGUCGCGCGCCAAGGAGAACAUGAUCCGCCGCCUGGAGAUCGAAGCGGAGAACCACUACUGGCUGAGCAUGCCCUGCAUGACCCGGGAGCAGGAGCGCGGCCACGCCGCGGUGCGCAGGAAGGAGGCCUUCGAGGCCAUAAAGGCCGCCGCCACUUCCAAGUUCCCCCCACAUAGAUUCAUUGUGGACCAGCUCGACCAUCUCAACGUCACCAAGAAAUGGUCCUAACUCGGAGCCGGCACCCUUGGAUUUUACGGAUCACGGGGCCGCCCAUCCUGACCUGUUCCUGGAACUGAAAAACUGUAGCUGCUGUGAAAAUGUGAGCCUUUGGACCAGUCUUUCUUAAAACAAACAAACAUGAGGAGUCUGCAUGUGAACUAUCUGGGGCUCUAAGAUUAAACUUAGAGUAUCUUGGAAGUCUCAUCGCUGUCCUGUCGUUUCUUUAGACUGAUAGGACAAUAGGGAUUUCCGCAGUCACAGAUGAUGUUUUGAAUGAGCUGCAAUAAAGCCACAGAGUAUGAUGUGA